AUGGAUCUCGACGAAGAUCACCUACCCAUAUACCCAUCAAUUGCGACGCUCGACAUACACGGUGUGGAAGCUGAUCCUAAUCUCGUAGUCACAGCACUAAUACCUUUGGAGAGCCAACCACAGCCUGGGUGGGGAGUGUGGCCUGAUGUCUCUGUCAAUGAUGAGAUAUCAUACAUGGAGCAACUUAUUGCUGAUUGUCAGCCGUUCACAAAGACUAUGUGGCCCGGUGGAGAUACUUCCGAACCUUUUAUCACUUUCCCAAGCAUUGUCAAGAUAAUUCCCCCAAAAAAUUGCACCACAAGAUCAAGGAAACCACAAGGAAAAAAUCUUAAACUGAGACAUUCCAACAAGAAAACAACGUCUUCCCGUCAGCAGAGACGUAUCAGCACAUACUUCUCCAGAGCACAAGCUCAAAACAGUCAACACGAGCAGAUUUUGGGAAUCCUUAGUGAUAUCUCAUCAAACUACUCCAAACUUCAUAAAGAGUACCAGAGUUUGCGCAAAUAG